UGCAGUCGCGUGUGGCAGUAAAGUGGCAGCGAAGAACAACAACGGCAACAGCAACAAAUCGAGUCGCAUUUGUCAAAUAAAUUUGUGGAAGAAUAAACGCCGGCAAGAUAUAAAAUAAGUAAUAAAAGUGAAAGCAAAGUAAUGAAUCGACAAGUUUCUGAUAAGAAAUAAGAAGCAAACAAAUUUAUGUAUGCAUUUACGUGCACUCAAGUAAACAGUUUAAAAUAUAAAUAUAAAAGCGAAACAAUAAAGUGAGCGUGCGAAAUAAAUGGCAGGAAAAAAAAUCUAAUAUAACAUAAAAAAUAAUAAAGAAGAAAUCAAUCAAAGAGGUGAAGAAUCAAGUGUUAAAUAAAGACAAAGCAAAACAGAUUCAUAUCAUCAUAAAUAAAUAAACACACGCAUAAAUUGUGAGCUUCAAAGUGUAAGCACAUUUGCAUAUUUAAUCGAAUAGUAAAAAUAAAAGAACAGCAGCAACAAUCACAAUGCCGGAAGCCAAGUCAACCUACCCUUUCGUAUAUACACCGGAACCACCGAAGAAGGCUGCAAUCAUAAAAGUGUCUUGUGGCAUCGGUGAUACGGAUGGAUUUCCCGCCUUUGAUGUCGACUCGGAUGCUUAUGCGGCCAAAGAAGAUCCCAAAUGGGGAUUUCUAAUCACGGGCGGCGCUGAAUUUCACAUGCCAUUGACGGUAUUUCAGGUGACGCCCGACGGUUUAGCGGACAAAGGAGGCAUUCGCUUGGGAGACAUCCUACUGGAAAUCAACGAAGAGGACGCCACUGAAUUAUCGCUUACGCAAGCGCACGAGAAAAUUGAAGCCUCUGGCAAGAAAAUCCAUUUCCUGGUAAAGAACAUGGAGGAGGACCCAGACUUUGAGUUGGGCGAGGAGAAGUCGAUUGUGUUGCGUGUGCCAAAGACGGCUCCACCGCCGAAGGUGAAAUCAGCUGCUUCCAUCGAGGCUCGACUGCGUGAAAUGCAACGAAAAUUGUCGGAAAUUGCAGAAAUACCAAAAAUACUUUCCUCUACACUCGCCACCGUUUCGCAAACAUUUGAAAAAUUAAAGCCCGCAGAUUUGCAGCAACAACAAUGUCAACAACAUCGCAAGCACUCCUACGAUGAGGAUGCACUGGAUUACGAGUUAAGUGGCGCCGCCACCCAGCAGCGUCUCAAGUUGAAAGCAAAAGGAAAAGUUAUGGCUGAAACCGCCACGACGUUAAGGGGAAUGAAAAUGAGCUUAGCAAAGGACACAACGCCGGAAUCGGACUAUGCAUCCGAAGGCAAUUAUGAAUCAAAUGAGGCAGACACGGAUGAUGACUAUGGCGACAGCGAGGUUGAUGGCGAGAGCAGAAAUAUUAAAAAAGGUAACGACACUUGCGAGGCUAAUGCCGAGGAGGCGGAGCAGCAUGAGGAGUUUGAUAAAAACGUGUGCAAAUAUGCUUUAGCUUUAACAGGAAUCGGUAUUGCCGACGAGGGCAAGACAGAGGGUGGCUCAUAUUCAUAUGUAACCCGAUUGAGGCCGUCGAAGUCAAGUCAAGGACAGCAGCAGCAGCAGCAGCAGCAGCAACAACGUCGACAUCAAUAUCAACAUCUUUGUGACAAUGUCAAGGCCAGCGCUGGUGCAGGUGUAGUUGACGUUGUUAGUAUGCCAAUAACGCAGGAUGAAGAAAGUGAAGAAGGAAGUGAAGAUUAUGACGUUGUUGACGAGGACUCCGAUGAAGAUAUUCUAACAGCCAGGCUUGUUGCGGCCGAUAGCGACAGUGAUGAUGAAACUGGCGCAGAUGCAGUUGACGACAAUUACGAGGGUGAAGAUGAUGGAGACCGCGAUGAGGAUGAUGACGAUGACAAUGAUUUUUUGACCGCCACUUACACCUGGAAUUUGAGUAAAAUACCGAAGCUGCAGUUGAAUGAUGAAAAGCAAUCCUUCGACGAUGAAAGCAAUUCAGUCAAGAAUCUGAUUGACAUAGUUGAAACGGAUGACACGGAUGAGGAUAAGCCAAAUAAGAAAGCGCGUUGGUGCCAUGCAGACGAUGAAUCGCAGCAUGAAAAACAUGCGCAGUGGUCUGAGGAAGAGGGCGAAAAGGAAAAGAAGUUCACUGAGAAGCUGGAGCGCUCUUGGCCUUGGGCUGAUCGGGAGAGAAUCAUUUACAAGCAAUCAACUUGUCACCUGGUACGUCGACGUCCAUUGGGUUUGGUAGAGCAGCGCAUCAAAUUGCUGGCUAAGCAGAAUCUGGGCGACAGCUUGGAAAGACAGCUACACUAAAAGUGAAUUAUUGGCCUCAUUUAAUUGCGGCAGGAAGUUUGUUGGCAUUGUGGGUGUACGAGCAAAGCUGCAAAAGUAUUGAAAAAUAGUAGUCGGCGGCAGGUUGACCAGCUAAAAAUAUAAAUAAAAUGCUAUAGGAACUGCCAUGUAUUUUAAAAUUUAAAUUUAUUGAAGAGUUUGUUAUCACAUCGUUAUUUAGCUAUAUUAGCGCAUAUAAAUUUCCUUUUAAAUAAA